AUGGCGGGCAUCGGCGACGGAACGAUCCGCCAGACUUCGACGGAACGCAUUUACCUUCUAAGGCGCAUUACGGGCAUCCGGCGACCCUUCUCGACGGCGCAUUUGGCUAAGGCGCAUUCCGGUGUCGGCGACGGCGAACGAAGGCCCGCUUCGACGGAAAAGCAUUUGAAUUCUAAGGCGCAUGGCGGGCAUCCGGCGACCGCGAACGAAGGCCGCGUAAAAGCAUUUGAAUUCUGGUUAUUAUCUAUCUAUCUAUCUAUCUAUCUAUCUAUCUAUCUAUCUAUCUAUCUCAGUGUAUACAUAUCUCUCUCGAUCAAGCUAGCUAUCUGUCUGCCUAUCUAUCUAUCUAUCUAUCUAUCUAUCUAUCUAUCUAUCACAUUUUUGUAUCUGUCUCGCUUCUAUUUCUUUCUUUCUUUCUUUUUUUCUAUCUAUCUAUCUAUCUAUCUAUCUAUCUAUCUAUCCCUCUAUCUAUCUAAUCAGCUAGUUACCUCAUUUUUGUAUCUGUCUCUCUGUCUUCUCAUAUCUACAUGUCUAUUUUUAUCUAUCUAUCUAUCUAUCUAUCUAUCUAUCUAUCUAUCUAUCUAUCUAUCUAUCUAUGUCAGACUGUUCAUUAUAUAUUUCUCGCCAGCUAACUAG